UAAUUGAAGAAAAAAUAAAGUUCUAUUUUGAAAGUGCAUAAAAAAUAAAAGAAAUUUAACAUCCAAAAAGAAAUUAAUAAGAAUUAACAUAAAAGUUACAAACUUUAACAAAUAAUUUGCUUUAUAUAGAAGUAAAAUUAGGAUUUAAAUACGAAUAAAUAGCAUAAAUAAAAGAAAAAAUACAUAAAAUAUUACUUGAAGUAUUAGAUAAUGUAUAUUUUAAUGAUAAUAAUGAAUUUUUUAAUAAAACCUUAUUAGUUUGUUAUGAUUAAUUAAUAUAAUUAAGUAAACCUAUCCAAGAUUAUAAAUAUUAUUAAGAAUUUGAAUAAAUUAUUCAAACAAUAAUUUUUUUAAAAAAUAUGUAUACACUUUAUAAUAAUAUUCUAGGACCAAAUAAUUAGCAUGUUCCAAUAGCCACUUUUAAAUCUAUUUUCGAAGUUAUUUAUAAGUAUUUUUUUAGUCUUCAUAGCCCUCCUACUGCAGCAACUCUUAGAUAAAUAAAGGUUUUUUUGAAUGAAAUUAAUGGAAAUAUUGCUUUAGUUUAAGAUUUUUUGAAAAUUGAUAAAUUAGAAUUUACCAAUUUUAAUAUUAUUCUUAACAAUUAACUUCAACUUUUAAAUAAUGUUUAAUCUGAAUUUUCUCAAUUUUAAAAGUAAUUGUCAGAUUGGGAAACUGUGAAUUUUUCUAAUAUGAUAAAUUUAGCAAAUACAGUUAAAUAAUGGUUAAAUUAAAUGGUAAUUUUUUUACUUUUUUAUUUUUAUGUAUUAAUUAGCAUGUAAAAACUGUAUAAUUAAACAGUAAGAGAAAAGGAAAUUUACCUUAAUAUAUAUACUUUUGUGAUGAAAGAGAUUAAAUUGAUUAAGUUUAUGAUAAAGUAAUAAAAAAUAAAUACUUUGGAAUAAAAGGAGUAUUAAGUAAACCUGAAAUGGAUAGAAUAAAAUGUAGCUUUACUCCUCUAAAAUAAGAAAAAUAUGAACUAGGUAUUGAGUGGGAAUAAAAACCAAAAAAAGUAAAAAUUUAAUUAGAAUUAGGAUUGCCUUACUAAAAAAUCGAUUAUAAAGUUUACUUUUUAAACGAAAAAAAUAAAAAAGAACUAGCAGUAGAAAAAUAAGCAGAAUUAGAAUUUUCUUAUUAAAAUUUUAUGGAUGAAUUUGAAAUUGAUGUUUAUGAUUUGUAUUUUAGUUUAUUUAUUGAAGUUAGAGCUUAUGAUUAAAAUAACACAGUAGCUGUUAAUUAUAAUAAGGAAUAUAUCCUUUCUACUUUUGAGAAAGAAAUGAAAGUUUAUGUUAAUGAAAUGUAUAUUUAAUUACAUGAUAAUGAACAAUGGAAAAUUUAAAUUAAACAAAACGAAAACUUAUAAUGGAAUCCAUAUUUUAGAAUUAUCAAAAAAAAAGAAGAUAAAUCUAUAGAUUUUGUAUGUGAUAUUAAUAAAAAAGAUAUGAAAGGCAAUCUUUAUGCUGAAUUAAACGUGUAAGAAGAUAGUUAUGAGUUUAUUGUUUGUAAAAAUCAUAAAAUUAAAGAACUAAUUUAUAUAUUUGUUAUUGAAUGUGAUGGUUUUGAAAAUGAAAUGACAAAAUUAGAACACAAAAUAUUUAUUAAUGGUAAAGGUUCUAGUAAAAUCACUAACUAAUCGUUUAGUUUCGGAAAUAUAGAUUCUAACAAUGUAAGAAAAGAGAAACCUUCUUGGUUACUCGGAUACAUAAAAGACAAUGUAUUUAACAAAAUAAAUACUUUUAUGGCUAAAAGAGAGCUUAACGAAUUUAUUAAAAAUGAAAUAAAUAGCAGUUGA